AGGGUGUGGCCCUAAAAAGAAAAAGAAAAAAAAGAAAAAAACCAGAAAAUAGUUAAGAAAUGAAAUGAGCAGAGAAGCUAUGGUUCUCCCAGGAGGCUUGGUGAGCAGGGGGUUGGGAGCCACCCCGUCAGGACCUUGGAACUAUUGUUCAGGCAAAGGGCACCUGCCCUCCAAUCCUCACCCUGCCCUGGGGAGACAGCUGGGACCAUCCUGAGAUGGGGACCACACCUGCCACCUCCCUUCGGGGGCAAUAAGGCUUAAAGUCAGAGGACAGGGCCAGGGGCAGGGUGUGGCCACCUCGGGCUUGGGAGGGACAUGGAGUCUUUUACAGCAGGGAGCAAAUCCUCCCCUGAUUUAAGCCCAAGCAGCCUGUACGGAGCUGAUACCUUGGUGUCCCAGCCUUGCUCCAGGCCCGGCCUCCUGAGGGUCCCGGCCCUCCGCCCCACUGCACAGGAUGCAGGGCGGCUGGGUGCUGCUGCUGCUGGGUCUGCGGCUGCCGCUCUCCCUUGGCUUCAUCCCAGGUAAUGAGGCACCUCCCUGCCGGCCCCCCACCCACACCCCCCUCACAGGGCGCUGCCCCAAGGCUGACCCGGCCUGCACUCCCCCCUUGGCCAGUUGAGGAGGAAGACCCAGCCUUCUGGAACCUCCAGGCAGCCCAGGCCCUGGAUGUCGCCAAGAAGCUGCAACCCAUCCAGACGGCGGCCAAGAACCUCAUUCUCUUCCUGGGGGAUGGGAUGGGGGUAUCCACGGUGACCGCCACUCGGAUCCUAAAGGCACAGAUGAAUGGCAAGCUGGGAGCUGAGACACCCCUGGCCAUGGACCGAUUCCCAUACCUGGCUCUGUCCAAGACAUACAACGUGGACAGACAGGUGCCAGACAGCGCAGGCACCACUACCGCCUUCCUCUGCGGGGUCAAGACCAAUAUGAAGGUGAUCGGGGUAAGCGCGGCCGCCCGCUAUAACCAGUGCAACACAACCCACGGCAACGAGGUCAUCUCCGUGAUGAACCGGGCCAAGAAAGCAGGGAAGUCGGUGGGAGUGGUGACCACCACGAGGGUGCAGGACGCUUCCCCAGCUGGAGCCUACGCGCACACGGUGAACCGGGGCUGGUUCUCCGAUGCCGACUUGCCUGAGGAGGCAAAGAAGAACGGCUGCCAGGACAUCUCCACGCAGCUCGUCUACAACAUGGACAUCGAUGUGAUCCUGGGUGGAGGCCGCAAGUACAUGUUUCCUGAGGGGACCCUGGACCCUGAAUACCCAGAUAAUCCAAGACAGAACGGAGUUCGGAAGGACAAGCGGAACCUGGUACAGGAGUGGCAGGCCAAGCACCAGGGAGCCCGGUAUGUGUGGAACCGCACCGCGCUCAUUCAGGCGUCCCAGGACCCCAGCAUAACACACCUCAUGGGCCUUUUUGAGCCAGGAGACAUGAGAUAUGAAACGGAACGAGACCUCAGCAGGGACCCCUCCCUGGUGGAGAUGACGGAGGUGGCCCUGCGGGUGCUGAGCAGGAACCCCCGUGGCUUCUUCCUCUUCGUGGAGGGAGGCCGCAUUGAUCACGGACACCACGAGGGCAUAGCCUACAGGGCGCUGAGCGAGGCCGUCGUGUUUGACACCGCCAUCGACAAGGCUGGCCAGCUCACUAGCGAAGAGGACACACUGACCCUGGUCACGGCCGACCACUCUCAUGUCUUCACCUACGGUGGCUACCCGCUGCGUGGAAGCUCCGUUUUUGGGCUGGCCGAUGGCAAAGCCCAUGAUGGCAAGGCCUACACCUCCAUCCUUUAUGGCAAUGGCCCGGGAUACCAGCUCAGCCAAGGCGCAAGGCCUGAUGUUGAUGAAACCAAGAGCAGGGACCCCGCAUACCAGCAGCAGGCGGCCGUGCGCCUGGGUGCCGAGACCCACGGCGGCGAGGACGUGGCGGUGUUCGCGCGCGGCCCCUGGGCGCACCUGGUGCACGGCGUGCAGGAGCAGAGCUUUGUGGCGCACGUGAUGGCCUUCGCCGCCUGCCUGGAGCCCUACAGCAGCGACUGCGACUUGCCGCCCCCGUCUGGCCCCACCGCCGCCGGGCACCCCGGGCCGGCCGCCUGCGCCCCGCUGCUGGCGCUGCUGGCGGGGGCGCUGCUGCUGCUGCUGCUGGCGCCCGCCCUGCACUGAUGCCCACUGGCCUCGAAGCCCGAGCCCUGGCUUUGAUCAAGCUGUCACCUCGGUGUCCCCACCUGGGACCGUUCGUUCUCCAGACCUUCACCUCCAGGCAAUAAAGGAGCCUCAGCCCCUAGGCGGACCUGACCCUCCUGGAGGCUGAGGCCCUGCCUGUCCUGAGACCCCCUUGGUCCUCCCACCGCCCCCACCUCAGCAGUCCCCAAUUUUGUGCUGUGCCGCCCAGGACCCCAGGAAAGAAGUAUUCUGGGACCAGCCAGUCUGUUCCCUCCCCCCCCAUUAUAGUCCUGCCUCAGGACAAGGUGGCACCAUCCCAAAAGUGUCCCCAGCGAGCUAAGACUGGCCAGGCCCAACCUGGAGUGCCUGGAGGGCGGGGCUUCCAUGAGGGGAGGGGCUUCUUGGAGGGCGGGGCUUCCUGUAGACCAGGAAGGGACUCUGGAAGCACUUUGCUGGCCAGGGAGGCUGCUGGGGUCAGGACACCCAGGAGGCCUUUGACACUGAGGCCUCAGCCCACACCCCACCCCCCCACCCCCCGCCCAGGAACCCAGAGGGACCAUUCCAGAGAGGAGAUGGUGACACAGAAAGGAGCGGAGACCUGUCCUCUCCCAUUUCAGGCUGGGAGAGCCAGGGAGCAGCCAGGGAGGCUGAGGGUCCCUCCUGGGAGGGACAGAGCAGUUGUCAAAUAAACAGUUGUACAGUG